UUCUGGAGUGCGCGUGAAUAUAUAGGACUGUCGGAAGGCCGAGCUCAUAAAUAAAUAUCUAAUUUGGCGCAAUGCCAUGCGUCGAUGGUGGAUGUCAUAUAUAUUUGUGAUUCGGGAGUAACGAAAAUUUUACAUUCGAUCGAGACCAUGAUUGCUUUGGAAGUAGAUUCACGCACACCUGAUUAGAGGAAAAAUUUGUGCUGCUUUGGAUAUCACUACUCUCGCAGUGAUUAUUUUCGUAGAUACUAUCUGUUCCUGCACGUUACUUCAGAUCCACGGGAGAAUGAUGAUGAGCAAUUGAAAAAUUGACUCUUUUUGGAUGCUGCAAGCAGCGCAAAGCAGGAACGAAUUUGACUGAGCUCAUCGAGGCGCUUUUCAUGCGUGACAAAAUGACUUCACUGCUUCCGAACGACGAUGCUAGUGCAGCCUCGAGAUUCAAACAAAAGCCGCACGCUCUGUUGAAGAAAAGCCUGUCCCAGCGCUGCGCCAAGAGCGAGGAGUCACGCUCGUUUUUGGAUUUUUCGCGCGAAAAUCUCAACAUCUCCACGAGCGAACUGGAGCAAGGUUUCAACGGCAACAGUAGCAACAAUAAACACAACAAUGGCAGCUGCAGUACAAGCAGCAGUAGCAGCGGGAGCAGUGGCAGAUCCUCGCUCGGGUUCUAUUGUUGCUGGCAUCGUCGCGCCUGUCGCGCUCAAACGUUUCUCAGCUGCCUGGCGCUAAUUUUGGCGCUGGGCUGUAUGGCUUUGGAAGUCUGGAAAAUGAGACAGGUCGCGGACAACUUCGAGGCUCUGGAGGCGAUGAGGAGCGACGUGGAGACGCUGAAGCACCGGUUGCUGGAAAAAGAUCUGCUGGACGAGUUGCGAGCUUUCGAGGAACAGCUCUACAGCGAGGGCACCAACGACGACGAAUCGCCGACCAACGAUUACGACAGCAGCUACGAGGAUCAGGAGGAGUUCUCGCCGUCGCCGUCGCCGUCGUUGUCCGUGACUCCGGUGUCCGCGGAAACUCAUGCUGCAUCAACCGUUCGAACCGACUCCAACACCGUGGCUAAUCUGAUUCCCUGCACCAGCCGCGAGCUCGAGGACGUUUUGAGACUGCUGCGCCACGCCGAGACCGAACGAGGUUCGGUAACCGAUCGACUCGAAAAGUCACGCACCGCCUGAGCUGUAACGACGACAACCUCAACGUCUCACUCUUCGCAUCUAUGAGCGAAACAUUUCGCUCUCUCGAUUAAAGUUCAUUUUGCAUUAAAGCUCGUGCAUGUACAAACGCGCCUGCACAGACACAUAUAUCACAUUCAUUUGUACAGCUGACGCGUGUAACAUAUGCUCAGUGAGCGCAGGAAAUUAAAAGGCGGUGAUACGAGAGCUGUGCGUUGAAGGGAGAGCUUUUCAUCUAAUACUCGGAGGACCUCUUACCGCGACAGCCUCGACACACGUUAUAUAUGUACCGCCAAAAGCACCCAGAGAAAUUUGUGGAGAAAUGCACGUAUAAACGAUGUCUAAUAAGUCUAUAUUCAGCCGUCGUUUCACAAACGACAAUUUAUAAAUGCGAAUAAUUUAUUAUCAUAUAAAAUAUAUGUGUAUUAUAAGUGAAACGUUAAAUUGUAUAUAUUAAACUUACUUCUUUAAUUUUGUAGAAUCGACGAUAUUUACUUUUGUAACAUACAUGUGCAAUA